UUCGAAAAGCUAUGAAGGCUGUAAUUAUCCUCAUUCUGGUGUUGAAUAAUCUCAUAGGAUCUUUGGCCAGUUCUUGUGAAAAAUCCAUACCUACGGUUGCCUACGUAAAGACAUGUCCAAGAACAGAGGCUGAAUGGAAUGCCGAGGCUGAACGAAAACAAUGUCAUGUUGUGAAGCAGAACUGUACUCCCCAAAACAACUUCCAAUACCACUGUUUAAUAAAUGCUUUUGCAAACGCAACAGUUGAAGUGUGCGCUCCAGCCAGAAAUAUAAUAGGUCAUUGUGCAGAAUACAACUAUGGUAGACAAGGCAUUCAAGAUCACCAACAAAUUAAAUGCGAGACCUGUCCUUCUUCAUAUUUGUCAACAGAGGCUUAUAAAUAUCAAGAAUGCUACAAACUUGUGUCGAUGAAACAGAAUGUUGAAAUCUCUAAUUCCACAAAAAUAACAUGCGGUGAAUCCGACCAAAGGCAAGGCAUUCAGUCCACUUCUAUGCAAACCAAAAUAAUUUCCGUAGAGAUUGGAUACGGUGGAUAG